AAAGACGUUAAGCCCAACGUAAACAACAACGAACCAAAACAAACAAAGCCGCCCGGUCCGGUCCCAAAGGAGCGUCUAAUUCCAAUUGCCACUUAACUCCCAUUUUCUUCUGUUUAUCCAACUGUUAUAAUGCGCUUGUAAUCCCUGAUUUUUCGUUCUAUAACUCUCUCAUCUUCCUCAUGAAGCUGCCAUUAUAUUGAUGUGUUAUUAUUACUAGUAUAAUAUAAUAUACUGCACACAUCCCCAAAGCUAAAUACUCAAGAAAAUUCAGUAAACUCAAUACCAAUACUCCUGCAGUUUCCCCAUUACUAUGCACGUCUAGUUGUCUUCACACUCCCCCAUAGCACCCCUUCUCUUACUAUUCUCCAUAUUUUUUUUCUCUUGAUCUAAGAUUUGAUCCUUUACUUGCUUCUUUUUUUGGGCCAAUAUAAACAUAUCGGGUUCCGUACAGUGACGAACUCCCCUGUUUCACUUUCAAGAUCUGUUUCAUGUCUUGUCCUUUUCUUUUCUGUUAAGCACUUUCCAUUUCUUCCAUUGAACUCUUCUUCAAGUGCUCAAUAUUUUCUUUCUUUUACGGUUGCUUCAUUUGGUCCUAAUAACCAAAAUUAUUAAAUUGCUUAAUUCCAAAAACCCAGAAAACCCCAUAUUCAUUUUCAUUAAUAAUUGUCAUUUCUUGCAUUGAACUCUUCCUCACGUGUUUAGAUUCUCCUCUAUUUUUCCCAAAAAGUUUUGGUUCAUUCACCAUAUUCAGGAUAGUAAUCUUUUGGUUAAUUUCCAAAACCCAGAUAAACCCAAAGAGUAUUGUCAUUUUAUAUCGAUUAUUACGAUUUGGGUAUUAAUGGGGAAUUGUUUCGGGAUAUCAAGAAAGUUGACGUCGGAGAUUGCGCCGGCCGACGUGAUAAAGAAACACCCGGCCGUCAAACUGUACGGACCGCCGAAUAAUAUUUCAACCUAUUACAUUCGAUGUGCUCUGCUCUACAAGCCCGUGACUGUCCAUUUUAUUCCCUCAGAGACCCACCGUUCGCCGGUACUGGAGUACACAUCCGACUCCGUUACAGGGUCCGUUAACGACGUGUUGCGUUACUUGGACGUGAAGUUUCCGGAGCCGAAGUUGUCGACGAGGUGGGGAAUCGGUGAUGAAACGACGCCGUUUGUGGUUUGGUUGGUAAUACUACAACAUAGGAGUAUGACGUGGCACUUGGAGAGAAUGGGGAGGUGGGGUGAGGACUUGGCGGGUCGGGGCGGGAAGGCACGGGGUGAUCCGGCAAUGGGGACUCCGAAAAUGGAGGUGAGAAAGUUUGCGAGGAGUUAUUCACAGUUGUUGGAGCUACUGCUGGAGCAUGCUCAAAUGGAGGAGAGAGUUGUUUUUCAAAUCUUGGAAAAAGCUGAUAGAGGAUUGUCUAAAGCUGCAAAUGAGGAGCAUGCGAGGGACCUUCCGAUGAUGAAUGGUAUUAAAGAAGAUAUCAAAUCUAUCGGAGUUCUUGAUUCAGGGCAUCCUUCCUACCAAGAAGCCCUCUGCAACCUCUCUACUCGACUCAAAACCUUACAGGAGCAUAGCAAGAAACACUUUGAAGAGGAGGAGAAGAAUCUACUGCCGCUAAUGGAGGCAGCUGAAUUAAGUAAAGCGCAACAGGAUAAAGUCCUAGACCAGUGCUUGGAUGUAAUGCACGGGACACACUCCCAUCUCUUUCGUUUCUUUAUGGAAGGCCUCCUCCCUCAGGACGCAAUGCAUUACUUGGACAUGCUUUCUAGGUGCAGUGACCAAAACCGAGUGUCUUCAAUGCUACGGCUAAUUGUUGAUAAGGUUGUGUGAUUCUAUUUUACGAUCAAUCAUCGUUGCUUUGAAAUAUAAAUAGUUAUCAUCGUCAAUAGUUGUUGGUCUAGCUUUGCUUUUAAAGUGGAGCACUUGAUGUUAAGCUCACUAUAAUUGCUUUGCUUUGCACUUCUUUAAUGUCCAGUGGGGCUCCUAAGUUGAGUCCUUAAGCACCAAUUAUACCUUUUGUUGUUUCUUUCACAUGGCAGAUGCUCAAAGCAAAAGGGAGGAGAGGUUGCCUUUUGUUCUUUCUACUUUUCAUUUUUUUUCUAUCUUUUUUCUUUUACUUUAGCAGUUUAGCUGGUUAUAGUUAGUCUGUACAUAGUAGGGGACAGAUAUGCUUUGUUGGAUGUUGCUUUGAAUCUACUUCUCUGUUAAUGUAAAUAAUUCGAUGUGGAUAUUGUUGGCU